AUGAAGAAGCGCAAGGCGGCGAUCCAGAAGUUGCCGAGGGGACUGGUCGCCGAUCGCGUCACCGAACUGCCCGCCACGCAGUUGGAGAAGCUGGUGAGCGAUGCUGCAGCGGCUUGGAUAUUCAACAUGUCGAAAGAUGCCGCGAACAGCGGGCAGAUGGUGGCGGCCCUGCUGGGCAGCCUGCAGAGUAUUCUCAAGACGUGGGAUGAGAAAGUGCGCCCUGAUGUCAAUGACAAGUACCACCACUUCCUACGAGCGUGCUGCGCGGUCGUGCAGUGCGCGUUGAAUGACGAGACGAAGAGGCCGAGCGUUGAUACUGCGAGGUGGGCUCGCAAAGUUGUGAUCGGGACGUCGAAAGAGGACGCGCUGCCUUCAAGCGAAUUUGCCAAGGACAUGUGCGAACAUCCCGUUGGCAAGGAUCUCAUGAAGUACGCCCUCACCCAUGCCAAAGCUGGCGUCGAGGAUGCCGCUGCUACUAACGGAUUCGAGGCGUCCGUGGCCAAGUUCGAGUCCAUCCUCGACCCCGUCUUCGAGGAUUUCGGCAACUGGAUUGAGAAGGGACACCAGGGGAAGCAGAUGGACAUCUUGGGCUGCGCAGGGUACUUGGAGGCUUGCCAGACGAUGGCCGUCAGCUGCCAGCAGGCGAGCACGAUCUCGAACAUGUGCGCCCUCUUGCACGCUGCGAAUUACAUCUAUGUGGAUACGGUAAGGGUCUUGAUCGGCGGGCUUAUGUUAGAGUCUGCAGAGUCGGCCAGAGCUGAUGGGAACCGGUGCGACCGCAGCCCCGACGGACAGAGUGCUGAAGGCGUCGACGGUGAUCAGGCGCUGCACGAUGGCGGCGACGAGUCCUCGAUCAAAAGCUUCAAGACGAAGUCGUUCCUCUACGGGCACGUCCGCGACAUCGACGGCCGCGUUCGGGCGAUCAAUCCGAAGUUGACGUCGUUCGUCGACAUCUUUUUCACGUCCGCGCUGAACGCCCAGAAGCUCUACAAGCUUGCAGCCUCCAGGGUCGGCAGCUCGUGGCACGAGCAUUUCGACCAGGACAUGUCGGCUGAGUUAGCGAUGAAGCACUUCAACCACAACGUUUCGGUCUGCGAGAAGAUAGUCACCUACAUGAUGAACCUCCACACGUUGAGCUUCCCAGAUUGGUGGCUCGACGAUUCGAACGACCAGCAGCCUCGCGCAAUCGAUGAAAAGGUCUUGUGCGCUUUCAGCAAGAUCCACCACGAGCAAGUCUACGUCAAGCCGCUCACCGUGAUAGUGAGCAGUACGAGCCUCCCAUUUCCUCAAGGCGUGGACGACGUGGCGAAGUUGUUCGGCUUGUUCUGCCAGCACGUCGGCCAGCACAUGUACGACAUGCAUACCUCUGCCUUCCUGCAGAAGAACGUGGCGGCGAUUGCUGAUAAAGAAGUGUGCCUAGGCCAGGUGCGUGAGACUGUUCUCACAGAUUGCGAUGCUACGUUGGCGUAUUCGCACCUGCUUCCGAAGGUCGACGCCACUAAGCUUGUGAACGAGACGGGCGCCGACUUCAAAGGCACGGAGACCGACAAUCGUCUGCUGUCCGGCCUUUCCCACAACCAGGCGUUCAAGCACCUGCAGGACUUCGCCAAGGCGGUCGCCCUGACUCGCAUCGAGAUACCUGGAAUGCACAACCUGACCGUGGAUGCGAAGGAACCCUGCAUCGAAUCCUGCUUCUUCGCAUUGGAGCUUAAGUGCGCCGUUGCCGACGUGGUCGCCAUGGCGUCUGCAGCGCAGGUACACAUCAUCAUGCGCUCGAGCUCUGAGGGCCAGAAUGGGCUCACCAAGGCGGUGGUCUGCGAGGAUGCGGUGAAUAUCGGGAAGGCCUUGCAGUCUGCCUUGGUGGAGCUGGACAGCUUGGUCAACGCUUCCAAGGCCGUGGACUUCGAGAAGACGGGUUGGGUUUUCACGGUGCCGAUCGCCACGAUGCGCUCAUGGCAUCUGUUGGCGGCUAGCUUCUGGAAGCGCUGCGAGGAUGUGAUGUUGAAGACCAUGGCAAUGUUCCUGGCUGCGGAGAGCGGCAAGCUGGCCACAGCCACCCCUACGUGGACGGCCUGCUUUUCAGACGACGGGUACAAUGAGCACAUGGCCCAGGGCAUGUUCAAGGGAAGGCUCGACAUCCUUGUGAAGCAGCAUAACCAGGUGCAUGCAUACCUCAGUGACUUCGCCACGGCAGCAGGGAAGCUCUCAAUCUGCCCUCGUAUGCAAGAGCACAGUAUCACUUCUGAAGCCGUGGCCGUGGCUGCCGAGAGCAUGAAGCAGUCCAGCAUAGCGAGUAUCGUCACUCAUGGUGUUGAUUUGCUGUGCACGUUCCGCCACCGCCCAGAGGGCCCACAGAAAGCGACAGAUUUCUUGGCAAAGCACGAAGCGGGCAACCCGACGAUCCCCUCGCAGUUCUGGCAGCAGUUCAAGGAUUUAGAGUCUCACGCGGUGGCCCCUGUGGAUGCGACAGCAAACGCUGGCGGUUCCACUGCAAGGAUGUCGGCCAAGGUCGCUGCCCAGGUGACUCCUGUCAAGCGGGCUGUGUCGGAGAGCAGCCUCGCCACGCCCGGCCCCAAGAGUGGCGCCGCGGGCUCGAGUUCAGGAAGCGAGGCAGCGAAGACCAAGGCCCCUUCUGUCGCCGCGCCUAGUUCCAGUAAGUUCAAGCGCGCUAAGCGCGCUUAG